AUGAAUGCAAGAGGUUCUGAAACCAAUGGAUAUGGUUCUAAAAUGAAUGCAAGAGGUUCUCAAACCAAUGCAUAUGUUUCUCAAAUGAAUGUGGAAAGAAGAAAGCUUCAUAAAAGCUCAUCACAUGCAACUUUGCAGCAAGGUGUAUCGAGUUAUGUGAAUCUAUCUGCCUCUACUUAUGUGAAUCCAUCUACUUCUAUCUCUGUGAAUCCAUUUGCUUCUGUGCAUCCAACUCUAAGGCAAGUUCCAAGACUUUGGGAGUUAGUAGUAGUGAUCCAUGGAAACCACCAUGGAAAGCAGCAAUGA